AACCUCAUUUCUUGAAUGCUGAUUCUCCUUCUAGUCUGAGCCAUGUUCCCCUUCCUACUGAAGAAACUCACUUCUCUCAAUCUCUCCUUCUUCAACAGAGCUCAUUCCAUGUCGGCAAGACAGCCAAGCGACCUCUACUCCAGAAUUAGCCCUCUAGGAGACCCUAAGCAUAGCAUCAUCGAGCAUAUCGAUAACUGGAUCAAAGAAGGAAAUGUCGUCAGUCUACACCGUUUCCGUUUCAUGAUUCGCGAUCUCCGCCGCCGUAGACGAUAUCAACAUGCCCUUGAGAUUUCUGAAUGGAUGACUGAGAUUAGCCUGUGCCCUAUUUCACAUGGUGACCGUGCUAUACAACUUAACCUAAUUGGUAAAGUUCGUGGCUUAGAUGCUGCAGAAAUAUAUUUUCAUCACAAGUUAUCCGAUGAUGAAAAAAUUGACAAGAUUUACGGUUCUCUCUUAAACUGUUACGUUAGAGAAGGCCUGGUUGAGAAAUCCCUUUCCCUAAUGCAGAAGAUGAAAGAAUUAGGGUAUGCUUCAUCUCUUUCCUACAAUGAUAUUAUGUGCUUGUAUACUCAUUCGAACCAACUGGAGAAAAUCCCAGAUGUUUUCUCAGAGAUGAAAAACAAUGGAAUCUCCCCUGAUAGCUUCUCCUAUAGAAUCUGUAUGAACUCAUACAGUGCAAGAUCUGACAUCAUCAACAUGGAGAAACUUCUGAAUGAAAUGGAAAACCGCACUGACAUUAUCAUGGACUGGUUCACUUAUUCAAGUGUAGCCAGUUCGUAUAUAAAAGCCGGUUUGACAGACAAAGCACUUAUUUACCUUAAAAAGAUAGAAGAGAAGGCGGACACAAAUGCGGUUGUCUUUAACUAUCUGAUAUCGUUCUAUGCAACCUUAGGUCAGAAAAGUGAAGUCACAAGAAUCUGGACACUUCAGAAAGCUAACUGUAAGAAACAGUCAAACAGGGACUAUAUAACGAUGCUGGGCUCUCUAGUAAAACUCAAAGAGUUCGAUGAGGCUAAAAGAACCCUUAAAGAGUGGGAAUCGUCUUGCCAUUUUUACGACAUUCGUGUGGUGAAUACUGUCUUGAUUGGGUACUGUCAGAAUGGGUUAAUUGGGAAGGGUGAAGAAAUGCUUGAAGAGAUAAUUAAGAAUGGGAAGAGAUUAAUUCCCAACAGUUGGGCUAUAGUUGCGGCUGCAUAUAUGGAAGAGAAGAAUAUGAAGAAGGCAUUUGAGUGUAUGAAUGAAGCUUUGGCUUUGCAUGAUGAGAACCCUGGUUGGAGGCCUAAACCUAGAGUAGUUUCGAACAUAGUGAAAUGGCUUUCUGAAGAAAACAUGGAAGAGUUGGAUUGUUUUAUGAAUUCUUUGAUGAAGGUGAGGUCGGUGGGUGAAGGAUCUUCGUACAAGAGAUUGAUUGAUGCUAGUCUUCAAGGUGGUGGAGAAGAAGAAGUUGAAAAGAUUUUACAACAGAUGGAGAAAAGAGGGAUAAAAGUUGAACAGAAACCAUGUAAUCUUGAAUAAAAAACAUAGUUUGAAGGUGCUAUGCUAGAAUAGAAGAGAGACAUGUGAGCUGACAUAAUUAAGUUU